GACUGGAUAUUACUAUUGUGUUGGACUGAGUGUGUGGAGAAGGGACUGUAGAUACUUGGAGGCGAUAAAGGCUGAUCAGUAGCAGGUGGCUCUUGGAUGUCAGGGGUACACUGUAUUGGUAGCGUAUAUUUACCCAUGAUUGGAAAGUCAUGGAAUUUUGUAAACUUGAUAUGUAAACUUCAUAUCACAAGGUUAAAUUGAAAGUAGCAAAGAAUUUUGUUUGAUAUAUUUUCUUAUAUUUAGUCAGUUUGCUAUUUACUUAAAUCGGCAACAAAUGCUACCUGAUUGUGCUAUUUAUGACCUUCAAAAUUAUAAUGUAAAACGUAUUGGCUGAGCACCAAUAAUCGAUAAAGAAAAACAGUUUGGACACGUAAAUUCAUGGAAUUCGAAUAUGACAUUUACCUUCCUGGUUGAUUUAAAGUGUCUUUGGGAAGAGAAACUGCAAUUAUAAGAGGGCCAUUUGUCAUGGCUACAAGGGACUUGCUCGUCGGGGCGAUAGAUUUUGGCACGACUUAUUCCGGCUGGGCUUUCUCAUUCCUGCAUGAUUUUCAAGCGGAUCCUACUAAAGCGUCUGUCAAGCAAUGGCACUCUAGUGGAACUCUAGUUACAGAAAAAGCACCCACGUGUUUGUUGAUAAAGUCAGAUAGAAAGACUCUUGAAGCUUUUGGAUAUGAUGCUGAAAACCAAUACAGGGAACUUGCAGACAAUGAAAUGCACGAGGAGUAUUAUUACUUCAGAAGAUUUAAAAUGGCACUUAAUAAAAAACUUGGUGAGAAACUGGACCGCGGCAUGACAAUAGAAGAUGAGAUGGGAAAGUCGAUGAUUGCGUUAAACGUGUUUGCCAUGGCCAUCGAAUAUCUUGUAGGAGAUAUGAUGAAGAGUGUAAAAGAUAAACUUACAUCUGCUUUCAAGAAAGAUGAUGUCCACUGGGUACUUACUGUUCCAGCAAUAUGGACAGAUGCUGCAAAACAAUUUAUGAGAGAGGCUGCCGUGCAGGCUGGCCUUUUAACAAACAAAUUGACGAUUGCACUGGAGCCAGAAGCAGCAUCGAUAUUUUGCCGGCAUUUAUCGGUGGACACAGCCAUUUCUGGUGGAAAUAUUUCAAUAGCAAAGAUGCCUGUCGGUACUAGAUACAUGGUUCUCGAUGCAGGAGGGGGAACAAUAGAUAUAACGGUACACGAGGUUGUCAGUGAGAACAGCGUGAAAGAGAUCCAGUCCGCAAGUGGUGGUGGGUGGGGAGGUAUACUUGUUGACAAAGCUUUCGAAAAUCUGCUUGUUGAUCUUGCUGGACCCGAGGUUUAUGAUACCUUUAAACGUUCUGAGACAGAAGACUGGCUUGAAAUUUGGCGCGAUUUUGAAGUUAAAAAGCGAGCUGUUGCACCGAAUAAAAAUGCUCGUGUUAAUAUGAGAUUUCCUCUUUCGUUCAGCAAAACCUUUGCAAAAAUCACUAAAGGAAAACUAUCGGAUGCCAUUGAAGCUUCAAAGUAUGCAAGUGAUAUUGAGUUUUGCGGAGACAAGAUAAAAAUUUCCGCAAGUCUCUUCAAAAGCCUUUUUGAUCAUUCAAUCGGAAGAACCAUCAACCAUGUGACAAGUCUACUUCGAGAUGAAAACGUUGGGAAGAUAAAAACAAUUUUGAUGGUAGGAGGAUAUUCUGAGUCUCCUAUGCUGCAGCAUGCAAUUAAAGAAGCGUUUACAGACCAAGAUGUUGUUAUACCCAUUGGUGCAUCUUCUACCAUUCUUAGAGGAGCUUUAGUGUAUGGACAUAGUCCUCUAUCCAUACGGGAAAGAGUCUUGAAGUACACGUAUGGUGUUGAAACAACUGACCCAUUCAAAGAAGGAACUGACCCAGAACAGUUGAAGGUUAUAGAUUCAACUGGUGUACGAUGUAGAGUUUUCAGCAAACAUGUUGAAAAAGGACAAGUCGUCAAAUGUAAUGAAACGCAAGUUGACAAGACUUACGCAACAGGUCACAAAUUCCAAAGUAAAGUAGCUUUUGACAUUUUCGCCACGGAACAAUGUAACCCAAAAUAUACGACUGAAUGUUCGCUUAUUGGAGAAUUGAAAUUUGAUCUUCCGGAUCCAGAGGAACAGCCUGGAAGAGAAAUCAUCGUGACUAUGACAUUUAGUGGUACAGAGAUUAUCGUGAAAGCAGUGGAUAAGAAAACAGGCAAGGACUGGAGCGUUUUCAUCAACUUCCUUGGAUAAAUUUGAUGCGUGUCUGCCAAUAGUGCAUAGUGCAUGAAGUUUUUUUUCUGUUGACUGUAAUUAAAACUUUGAUAACAAAGAAAAUGAAAAUCAUUUUAAGAAAUAUGGAUACACCAACGUUACACUAGAAGAAAGAUUGUGACCGAUUUAUGAAGAAUUGUCAAAAUACACAAAUUUGUAAAGUAAUCUUUGUAAUUUAAUAUAACAAGGCUUAAUUGUUAUAAAGUUAAAAUAUAUAGUUAAAAUGAAACUAAAAUGUUGCUUAUUUGUCAGAAAUAAUUGUUAUUGCACACAUACAGAUCAAAACGUGCUUAAUAACUAAUACUUAUAAAAGGGCGAAUUACUACUGUACCUUCGAAUUUCAAGAUAUUGCGUAGCUGCCUUAAACUUACAUGUAAUAAUAAUAGAUAGAGACUAAUUUGCAAUUUCACAAAACAUAAGGGAUAAACGAAAACGAUGUGCUAUAAGAUGGGUUAUAAAUCACAGAUAUAGAAAAGUUCACUUGGAACGGAAAACCAGAUAGAAUUUGACCGGUGAAGCAUUCUCAAAUGCUUAAAAAUCAAGUUUACACCCAAUAUAUGUGUUUGAGAGAGAUCUAAUGCUUUUAAUAAGAUUAACAAACACAUAAUUUGUAUUGUUUUAAAGUACAUGUAUACAGGUUUGAAAAAUCGCAGUAAAAAACUCGAACAGAAUUCAAUGUGUCAAAUGUCAAGAAAAUAAUCAAUCAGUUAGUAGAUAUGCAGAUUGGUAUUCUGAGGGUCCCGGGUUUGAGUUUUGGUCAGACCUCACAUUUUUCUCAUCCUAUGUUACAAGCAAAUUUAUACUUUCAGUAACUUUGUCAUAUCGGGGUGAUGUCACAGACAUUCAAUUAAUUCUUGAACUGACAUAUUGACUUUCUCCCAUGCUACUGGUCAAAACCAAAAGCACGCGAACUUAUUUGUCGGCAAAUAACAAAAUAUCAAUAACGAUCAUAUUACAUUGUUUCCUCUUUAAACUCCAUAUACCAGGUUUUGAUUAAGUAGCCAUUCUCGACAAUUGCUACAAAGCUUCAUAAUUCUCAUUUAUUUACUGUUUAUCGAAUAACACUCGUGUAUUAUUUAUUCAGAAAUUGUUUCCCAAUAUUAAUGUUAUGAUUAAUUUCAUACAUAUGGACUAUAAUAAAUUAAUAAAUC